CCUUGCUCUGCGCCUCCUACUCCUGCUGCUCCUGGCCGUGGCCCUGCCUGCCAGGGCUGCCCAGGCUGCUCCGCUGCAAGCGCGGCGAGCAGACUGGAAUUGUGACAUGGGUUCUCAGGAAGUCCUGAUGAAUGAUGGUUUGAAGUUCCUAGAGGAUGCUGGAGCUGAACCUGCCGGUGAAGGUCCCACAUCCAGGACUGAGGCUCUGGGAGAUGCUGAGGGUGUGUCUGCAGGGAGGACUUCUCCAGCUCCAGCGCUGGAUGCUCAGCCCCAACCCAGCUCCCAUGGCAGGGGUUCUCCGACAGGGAAGAUCCAAGACAGAACAGACCAGAUAUCCCUGGAACCCCCCAAACAGACGAAGCAAGAGCUGAAGGAAAUGUGGCAGGGAGGACAAGAAAUGAAAGGAGAGCCUGUGCACAUGGAAGCAUUACCCAGAGGAAGCAGUGGUUCCAUGCCAGCCUCUGCUGCAGGAAGGGAGGCCAUGCCAGACCCAGGCCCAGGAGAUGAGGUUGCCGGGAAGGCUUCUCCAUUAGCUUGGAUGAAUAAAGUUUCCAAGCCCUUGGAGCCUCCUGCAGAUGUGUCUACAGGGAGGACUUCUCCAGCUCCUACCUUGGAAGCUGCACAAAAGCCCAGCUCCCAUCAGAGUGGGAAAAUCCAAGAUACAACAGAUAAUAUAUCCCUGGAACCAUCCAAACAGAUGAGGCAAGAGCUGAAGGAACUCCUGCAGACAAGACAAGAGAUGGACAUAGUGCUUCAGUGGAAGGUGGCAUUUCUUGAAGGAAGCACUCCAUCUUCAGUGCCAGCCUCUGCUGCAGGAAAGAAGGCAAUGCCAGACACGGGCACAGGCACAGCAGACUGGGAUGCUGGGAAGGAUUCUCCGUUAGCCUGGCGCUAUGAAGUUGUGAAACCCUCUGGGCAUUCUGCAGAUGUGUCUGCAGGGACGACUUCACCAACUCCUACCUUGGAUGCUGCACAAAAGGCCAGCUCCCAUCACAGGAGUCCUACGAUAGGAGAGACCAAAGACAUGGCAGGCAAGAAAUUCCAGGACCCAUUAGAAAUCAUGUGGCAAAUGCUGAAGGAACGUCUGCAGAGAAAGCAAGAAAUGAAAGGAGAGCCUGUGCACAUGGAAGCACUUCCCAGAGGAAGCAGUGGUUCCGUGCCAGCCUCUGCUGCAGGAAGGGAGGCUGUACAAGGCACAGGCACAGGAGAUGAGGUUGCCGGGAAGGCUUCUCCAUUAGCUUGGAUGAAUAAAGUUUCCAAGCCCUUGGAGCCUCCUGCAGAUGUGUCUACAGGGAGGACUUCUCCAGCUCCUACCUUGGAAGCUGCACAAAAGCCCAGCUCCCAUCAGAGUGUUACUCCAACAGGGAAAAUCCAAGAUACAACAGAUAAUAUAUCCCUGGAACCAUCCAAACAGAUGAGGCAAGAGCUGAAGGAACUCCUGCAGACAAGACAAGAGAUGGACAUAGUGCUUCAGUGGAAGGUGGCAUUUCUUGAAGGAAGCACUCCAUCUUCAGUGCCAGCCUCUGCUGCAGGAAAGAAGGCAAUGCCAGACACGGGCACAGGCACAGCAGACUGGGAUGCUGGGAAGGAUUCUCCGUUAGCCUGGCGCUAUGAAGUUUUGAAACCCUCUGGGCAUUCUGCAGAUGUGUCUGCAGGGACGACUUCACCAACUCCUACCUUGGAUGAUGCACAAAAGCCCAGCUCCCAUGGCAGGGGUCCUACGAUAGGAGAGACCAAAGACAUGGCAGGCAAGAAAUUCCAGGACCCAUUAGAAAUCAUGUGGCAAAUGCUGAAGGAACGUCUGCAGAGAAAGCAAGAAAUGAAAGGAGAGCCUGUGCACAUGGAAGCACUUCCCAGAGGAAGCAGUGGUUCCAUGCCAGCCUCUGCUGCAGGAAGGGAGGCCAUGCCAGGCACAGGCACAGGAGAUGAGGGUGCUGGGAAGGCUUCUCCAUCAGCUUGGAUGAAUAAAGUUUUGAAGCCCUUGGAGCCUCCUGCAGAUGUGUCUACAGGGAGGACUUCUCCAUCUCCUACCUUGGAUUUUGCACUCAAGCCCAGCUCCCAUCACAGGGGUACUCCAGCAGGGAAGAUCCAAGACAGAACAGACAAGAUAUCCCUGGAAUCACCCAAAGAGAUAAGGCAAGAGCUGAAGGAUCUCCUGCAGACAAGACAAGAAAUGAAAGGAGAGCCUGUGGAGAAAGAAGCAUUUCCCGGAGGAAGCAGGGGCUUCGUGGCAACCUCUGCUGCAGGAAGGGAGACCAUGCCAGGCACAGACACAGGAGACUGGAAUCGUGACAUGGGUUUUCAGGAAGUCCUGAUGAAGGAUGGUUUGAAGUUCCUGGAGGAUGCUGGAGCUGAACCUGCCGGUGAAGGUCCCACAUCCAGGACUGAGGCUCUGGGAGAUGCUGAGGGUGUGUCUGCAGGGAGGAGAUUCAUACGUCCUUUGGUGGUUAUUGCUGACAAGACCAGCUCCCAUCACAGUGGUUCUCCGACAGGGAAGAUCCAAAACACAAGAGACAAGAUAUCCCUGGAACCAUCCAAACAGACGAGGCAAGUGCUGAAGAAAAUGCUGCAGGGAGGACAAGAAAUCAAAGGAGAGCCUGUGCAGAAGGAAGCAUUUCCCGGAGGAAGCAGUGGUUCCGUGCCAGCCUCUGCUGCAGGAAGGGAGGCCAUGCCAGGCACAGGCACAGGAGCUGAACCUGCCGGUGAAGGCCCCACAUCCAGGACGGAGGCUCUGGGAGAUGCUGAGGAUGUGUCUGCCGGGAGGACUUCUCCAGGUCCAGGGCUGGAUGCUUGGCCCCAACCCAGCUCCCAUGGCAGAGUUCCUCCAAAAGGAAAGACCCAAGUUUUUGCAGCCAAAAAGACUCAUGACUCAGAUGAAUUCCUGAGAGAAACACAGAAGGAAGCACCCGGAGGACAAGUGACGGACCAAAAGGCUGUUCAGGAGGAGGAACACUCAGGAAGAAGCAGUGGCUCAUUGGCAGCCCUAGCUGCAGGAAGGAAGGCAAUGACAGACACGGGCACAGGCACAGCAGAUGCAGCCGGCACCACAAGACCUGUUCCCAAUGCCCAGGAUGGCCUCGGAAGGGGUUUCUGUCAGGGAACCGGCUGCUGGCUAGGGUUACUGCCAGGCGUCCUUUGUUUGGAGCUUGUCUUCAUGUUGUGCUGCUUUGGAAUCGGGUAUUCCUGGAACAGAAAACAGAGCACCUCGGGACACGAGUUGGAAGACGGUGGCUGCACCUCACACCCAGACAGCGUGAGCAGCUCCUCCAGCAGCAGGAACGGCCUGGACAGCCCUCUCAAGUGUUCUGUGAAGAGGACCCCAGAACAACAGUCUACGAGGGAACCUCCUUUAACCCUGUAGAUCCCACUGCCAUCUGCUCUCCCCAUGGGCCUCCCCAAGCUGCCUUCAUCCCUUUUUUUAUCUUUGUCUGUCCCUUCCCAGCCAACUCGAGUACCUCUAGGGACCCCAGGACCAGCCCAGCACCCUCCAGCCCUUCCUGAGACCAACACAUCCCUUCCUCUGCCCCUGAGCCCCCUGGCCUUGCCCUCUUGGAAUCACGGAAGGUGACACCCCA